UCAGGAGAAAUGUCUGAAAAGCUACGGAGAUGCAGGAAGGAGCUGACUGCAGCCAUUGACCGUGCCCUUGAAGGAGUCGGGCAUUCCCACGAGUGCCCAGGCCAGCCAAGGCUGGACGCCCCGCCGCUCUCUUCCCAGCCACUGCACAGCUUCCUCCGCAGAAGGCCGCUGCCAGCCUGCCCCUCUGCUGCUAGUGCUUGCGCUCCCCAGAAUGAGAACCUUGCCUUUGCGCCCCACGUCCCAGUUAAUGUAAAACCACAUGCUUUCUACCCCAAAAGAAAACCUCUGGCCAGCAAAGAAAAUAUAUUGAUGCAGUCUUCCAUUUUGGCACGUGAAAGGCAGUUUUGGAGAACUGCGGGAGAUGGAGAAAACUGGAGAAAAGAAAGCUUAAGGAGAGAGAUGGCAAGAGAGUUAAAGGUUGAUUCAAACAUGCCACUCAGCAGUUCUAGCCAAGAGGUCACAAAGGAUCUGCUUGAUAUGAUUGACCAUACAAGCAUCCGAACUAUUGAAGAACUGGCAGGAAAGCUAGAAUUUGAAAAUGAAUUGAACCAAGCGUGUGGUCCCUGCCAAGAUUCACCCUUCAAGGAGGAAGCCUGGGCCCUGCUUGUGGAUGAGAGCCCUCACAAGGCUCUAGACAUUGACCCUGGCAGCCUCAAGCAGGCCUUUGAUGAUCAGAAUAUUGUUGAGACUGUUCUGGACUUGGAAGAAGACUACAACUUGAUGACCUCUUUUAAAUACCAAAUUGAGUAA